GAACACUGAUAUUAGGAGGUGCAUCCUAGGAGAACCCUAUUAUUAGGGGUACAUGUUAGGGGAACACUGAUAUUAGGGGUACAUGUUAGGGGAACACUGAUAUUAGGAGGUGCAUCCUAGGAGAACCCUAAUAUUAGGGGUACAUGUUAGGGGAACACUGAUAUUAGGAGGUGCAUCCUAGGAGAGCCCUAAUAUUAGGGGUACAUGUUAGGGGAACACUGAUACUAGCGGUACAUGUUAGGGGAACACUGAUAUUAGGAGGUGCAUCCUAAGGGAAUACUGACAUAGGGGGUGCAUUUUAGGGAAUUACGAUAUUAGUGAGUGCAUUCUAGGUGAACCCCGAUAUUGGGAGGUGCAUGCUAGCUAGGGGACUCCUGAUAUUAGGGGUGACACGAUAAUAUGAUACUGAUAUAGGUGGUGCAUGCUAGUUUAACCCUGAUAUUAGGGGGCAGUAAAGCUUUGUAAUCCCAGUCUCACAUGUUAACCCGUUCAGCGCUGGCAUAGAAUGCCCAUUUCAGGGAUGUGAGAUCAAUCCCCAGACAUUCACCCUGUUUCCUGCUGUAUCCGGAUGUCCCAGGCUGAGGCUCCUCCCUAGUCUGAGCCGGCUGGGGCUGCAGAGAGGACUUGGGAGCUUUGCGGGAGGUGAGUGAGAGUGGAGGUCCAGGUACUUACUGAAUAUCUGUAUGUAGUGCUGGUUACUGGCCAGUCCCACUUUGACAACCUGGUAUCUUACAGGAAUAGCCUAAUAACAGCUCUCAGGACAACUAGUUACAUUGUGUCAGCUGAUGGAAUCAUUGCAAUCAAAAUAUUUACUAUUUUACAUUCUAUCAGCUGAUUAUAUGUGGAACUAGAGUCUGAUAUUGUAACAUUGUAUCAGUGAUUAGAUCUGGGACUAGAGUCUCAUAUUGUAACAUUGUAUCAGUGAUUAGAUCUGUGGCUAGAGUCUGGUAUUGUAACAUGGUAUCAGUGAUUAGAUCUGUGGCUAGAGUCUGAUAUUGUAACAUUGUAUCAGUGAUUAGAUCUGUGACUAGAGUCUGAUAUUGUAACAUUGUAUCAGUGAUUAGAUCUGUGACUAGAGUCUGAUAUUGUAACAUUGUAUCAGCUGAUUGAAUCAUUGCAAUCAAAAUAUUUACUAUUUUACAUUCUAUCAGCUGAUUAUAUGUGGAACUAGAGUCUGAUAUUGUAACAUUCUAUCAGCUGAUUAUAUCUGGGACUAGAGUCUGAUAUUGUAACAUGGUAUCAGUGAUUAGAUCUGUGACUAGAGUCUGGUAUUGUAACAUUGUAUCAGUGAUUAGAUCUGGAACUAGAGUCUGAUAUUGUAACAUUGUAUCAGUGAUUAGAUCUGUGACUAGAGUCUGGUAUUGUAACAUUGUAUCAGUGAUUAGAUCUGGAACUAGAGUCUGACAUUGUAACAUUCUAUCAGCUGAUUAUAUCUGGGACUAGAGUCUGAUAUUGUAACAUUAUAUCAGUGAUUAGAUCUGUGACUAGAGUCUGAUAUUGUAACAUGGUAUCAGUGAUUAUAUCUGGAACUAGAGUCUGAUAUUGUAACAUUGUAUCAGUGAUUAGAUCUGUGACUAGAGUCUGACAUUGUAACAUUCUAUCUGCUGUUUGAAACUAUCCAUAUUUAUGAGCUCGUUUUGCAACAUUGUAUCAGAUGAAAGAAAUCUGUUUUCAUUUAUCUAGUAUUGUAACAUUGUAUCUGCUGAUGGAAUAUAUAGUUAUUAUCUGGUAUUGUAACUUUGUAUCAGAUGAAUGAAUGCAUCUUUCUGUAUUAUCUAGUUUUGUAACUUUGUAUCAGCUGAUGGAAUCUGUAUUGCUAUGUUCAUGGUGUAUUUAGACAUUGACUCGUUUUCAUGUCAGAAUGUGGUCGAUACAAGCCAUUUUACAGAGUUCAAAAACAGGGCAAGUCGAGUGCUGAAAUACUUAUCUUUGCUUUCCAGAGGUCUGGCAAUCGUAGGGUUAAACCACUAUCACCCAGUGGGUCAUCAAAUAGUCAGUCACCUCUGCAUUGUCUAAUAGAAGCAUGUGUAAUAUCUGAGAUAUAAUAGUAACGCAGAGACAUAUCCCCUCCAGCACUCAAAAGGUUAAUAACAUUUUUUUUAAUAACACUGUAAGUCAUGUAGCUCACAUUUUAUAUAUUUAUUUAUUUUUAAUUGAAAAUAAAAUAUGCAAGCAUUAAGGGUAAAUAAAUAUAGGGAUAUAACCAUCAAAUGUACAAGUUCUAGGAAGGUCAAUUAACCUAUGGAAGACAACAAUUAGCUUUACAAUUGAAUAAGUAAAGACUUUAUGUUUAAAGGGUUUGGGAUGGUAUUUUUUUUUUUAAAGACAAUGGAUACUUUUACAGUGCACCCAGAAUUUUGUUUAGGGUAUAAAGGGUUAAGAAUUGAAAAUGCAAACCUCAGUUAAAAGAGUUGCAAAUGAAACCGGUCUCCCUACCUGUCCUCUACCUGUUUGGGAUUAUUGUCAUCUCUAAGCUGAAAGGCCCAAGCAUUCAAAUGGUAUUUAGGUCUGUUUUACAUUCAUCCUUAACAGAUCUUGAAUCUGAAACGGCAUGUUCUUUAACCGCUUAAGGACCAAACUUCUGGAAUAAAAGGGAGUCAUGACAUGUCACACAUGUCAUGUGUCCUUAAGGAGUUAAAGGACCACACCUGUCUCGAGGAGCAUUCUAUUAGAGCAUUGAAAGAAUACAAUUAAAAUAUGAAUGGAUUAAAAUGUAAAUCAUGGUUUGGGUAGUGACUACACUUAACUCGGAUUCACAGACAAUCCUGUUGCUUGGAUUAUCUCCCAUUGGUAUUAAUAGGGAAGUACAGUACAUGAGAAUGCGAUAAGUAUUUUGUCUGUGCACUUUGCAACUAACAUUAACACAAACCCAUCAUUUAUUUGAUAGUGCAUUGCUGCAUAUGUCUUGCUUUAAUGUCUCAUCCAUUAUGUAUAACUACAUGUCCUGCUUGCACUACUUUCCCCUUAUUGUGGCGUGGUUUAUCAAUCUUUGUUUGCUUGUUUUGUUUCACAUUUGUUUCACAAGGGGUUGGGAAUCCUUGUGGGAUUUACUGCUGCCCUCUUUAUUGAAGCAAGCGCCUUUAAUUGUAAAUUUUAAUGGAAGCAAGCCAUCAUGACAACGUUUCGGCCACCAACAGUGGAAAACUGCUGGUUUUAGAAGCACCAGCUCAUUAUUCUAAUUUAACACAGUGGCACGAGGGCAGUCCCCCCCUUUCUGUUUUAUAAAUUGCCAGGCUGGGACUAAAGCUCAGUUGGAGAAUUCUUCCAAAGUGGAUAUUUAGGCUUAAAUUUCACAAUAAGUUUUUCUAUAAUUCACUAAUAAUUACUGUUCAUUGAAGAAAAAAAAAACACAACAUCACAGGGCACCCCUAAAUGUAAACAAAUAAAAAUGGAUUUGUUCUACAAACUUGCUAGCUCUUAAACGACUCCUAUUAGAUGAUGCGUGGAUGAGAAGUAGUUUGGAGGAUUGCUGGGGUGGAAAUAAUGUGAUUUCCAGUGUGGGACAGUGGAGCAUUUUGUUUAAGAAGGUAAAUCUGCUUAGUGUAAUAAAAGGCCUUGCUAUGUGUAAGGGAAUUCACUCCUUGUUGAUCCAAGAAGAAAAGCCAUUUUGGAGUCAAGAAGGAUUUUUUUUGUUCCCUCGUUAGUGGCAAAAAUGGAAAUUUCUUUAAAUUGGGUUUUUCACCUUUUGUGGACGAGCAAGAUAAGAGAUGCGUGAAUGGUUGAAUUUGGUUUUGUUUUAUCUAAUUUACUAGCAAUUCCAUUUGAUUCUGGAAUGUUGCUUAGAAAGACCUUGUACAAAUGCUGUUAAAAAGGAAAAAACAUUUGCGUAUUAAUCGAUAUAUUACCUUUCACCCUUUUUUUUUUUUUUUUUUAAGAGUUGCCCUGUGUUUCCAUGGCUUGGAUAGAUAUUCCCAGAGAGAACCUGUAUCUGUCAGAGCAGGUCAUAGUGCUUCUGUCCUGCGUACUGUCCUUCAUCGGCUCUGCUAUUAUCAUCUUCACCCAUGUCCGCUGGCCGGAGCUCAGAAGUCGUCCCCGUGAGCUGCUCCUCUACUUAUCUGUGGCUGACCUGCUGUCUGCUGCCUCUUACUUUUAUGGAGUCUUGAGAGACUUUAAUGGACCCCGGUGGGAUUGUGUGGCCCAAGGCGCUGUCUCCACUUUUUCCAACACCAGCUCUUUCUUCUGGACAAUGUCCGUGGCUUUGUACCUCUACAUCACAAUUGUGCAUUCUAAGAAGGCUUUGGCAGACCACAUGAUUUACUGGUUCCAUUUAGUCAGGUGAGUAAAAUAUACAUGUUAGAACGAUAUGUGCUGUUAACUAUCUAACUCAGAGGUUCCCGAACCAGUCCUCGUAACCAACCAACAAUCCAGGAUUUUUGUACUUCCUUUUUUUUAUUCCAAUGGAGAUACUGACAAAACCUUGACAGUUGCUUUGUUAUGAGCACUAUUUUGCGAACCACUGAUCUAACUACUAGGUAGGUAAUUUGUGUUUUUCUUUUGUCUCUGUUUACAUUUCCCUUUUGUUACUUGUCCCAUUAUGACCAUUUUCCAGUUUAUUGGUGCCUACAUUUUUACUAUAUAAUCUUCUAUUUUUUUUUCUCUCCACUAAUAUUUCCCAAAGGAUUUCCUAUUUGCCAUUUCCCUAAUGACCCUCCGAAUACCAGGCUAUUCAUUGACUUAAUUGGAUUAAUACCUAAAGAAUGCGUUUAUAUUCAAAUGUUCUUUUUUCUUUUUAAAUUCCGACAUGAAAGUAUCUGUAAUCCAACUAUAUUAGGGUUUAUUUUUAGAAUAUACUCUUUUCCCUAUAAAACUGUUUCUUUCGAUUAAAACAUAUAUGAAGGUAUUUUUCUGACCAUUUUUUAAAGUUCUGUUUCAGAUUUCAUAGGGUUCCACCAGGCACAGGAAAUCUAUUAAUCUAUUCACCCAAUGUGCCAAGUUAGUAGAAAAUGUACAUAUUCCGAAUGUUGCCAUGCUUUGGCCAAAUAGGUCAAAGUGGGAACGCCUGCUUAUUCUAAGGGUAAUAUUGGCCCCACCUGUCUAGUUACAUUUUUGUUGCCCCUUUCCUUAGGGGAGAUUUCCAGACAAAAAAAACAACUGAAAAGUUCUCAGCUUUGCAAAUUAUAUACCAGUCCUGCUUUGGUACAUUCAUGCUGUUUCCUCUUCUGAGCCCCACUGUCGCUCACUGCAGGAAAAUGAGAUAUUUUCAUAUACUACAGUCUAAUCAGCAUUAUGGGGUUGUGUGGUUUAUAAAUGGCACGUGGAAUAUCCGGCCAGCUGAGCAUGCAAAAAUGGUUGCUGUGUCAUGUGCAAGUAGAAUUUAGCUCACUGUAGGAACAUGAACACUGGGGUAAAAAUCCAAGGACAAUUAAAAUACCUAACACAAAGCAUCCAUUUCCUUCCCCUUUCUGUUAUACAAUAUUAUUCUUAUCUAGGUUCUGUGUGUGUGUAUGAUGGGAAUAUGUGCAACGUUUCUCAUUGGUAGGAAAAUAUACUAAUAUAUCUAAUUUUCUUCAUUAGAAUCUUAGAGUGAGCUGAAUUAUCUGUUACUAUCCACUCAGCUAGUUGUAUUGAGUAUACACUCAAAGUAGCAGUGUGUAUGGCAUGCUCGAUACGCAGCGCACAGUGUAUCAUUGUGCCAUCACGUGCACCCUCUUCUGCAAACAAAUCUAUUUUAGUCAAAUUAUUAGCAGAUGUACAGAGGACGUUAUUCUUUGUGGUUUUUUUUGUCUUGCACCUGUGUGUGUGUCUGUCUGCCUUGAAAAGGACCCGAAUUGGGUAGAAAUUUUGAUUUGGAUAUACACAGCUUAUAAGAUUUAAAAUACUAAAAAUUUGAAGACCUGUGAGUGCAUCGUUAUUUCAUAUAUAUAUAUAUAUAUAUAUAUAUAUAUAUAUCAUAAAUAAGUUACCGUUGCACAUCAACAAUCUAUUAGAAUUUUUGGUUAAUGUUCUGGUUCUGGUUCUGUUAUACUUAUAAAGGCAACAAAGUAUAUAUAUAUUUUUUUUUUAAAGCAAUGGUACACAUCUGCAGGCAGUGUUGCGUGUGUGUGCAUGCGUGAUUUGGUUCCAUUUACCGUUACUGAGUCAAAUUUAGUUUUUUGUUUUUUAACAAAUCUGAGAAAAGAAAGUGCAGAAAGAAUUAGUAGGAAGUUCUGUGGUUUGAAAGUGUAGGUUUCCACACCGCUGGCAGUAAUUACUCUUAAAUACACGACUCUGAUCAUAUUGGAACUAGUGUUUCAUUUAUUAAUUUUUAUUAAAUUGUAAAGCAGAUUUCAACAUUUAGGUUAAAAUAGCCGAGCCAGGUCAUUUUGAGUUGAAUUUGUUUCCCUAAUAGUCUGGGUUUAUCAGUGCAGCGCACUCUGUACUUACAUGUACAUAUUUCCAGCUGAAUCAGCAUAGAUACAUAUUCAGUUAUCUUAUCCCAUAUGUGAAUGCUUAGUAGAAAACAGAUUAGUUUUGCAUUGGGAGCAUUCAAAUUAAAGAGGUUCAAUAGGCACCAUAACAACUUUAGCUGAAAGGGACACUAUAGUUACCAGAACAACUAUAUGUAGUUGUUCUGGUGAGUAUAGCUUGUUCUUUCAGGCAUUUUCAUGUAAACUCAGCCUUUUCGGAGAACAGGCAGUGUUUACAUUACAGUCUAGGCACUCCUCCGGUGGCAGGCACCUAGACGGCCACUAGAGGUGCUUCCUCCACGUUCAGUGUGUCCACACUCUACAUGGAGACGCUGAACGUUCCCCAUGAUGCAUUGAUGAUCUCAGCAAUGGAGGUGCAGCCAGACAGGGCCAGCGACUGCGAGACCAGUCCUGUGUGAAAGAAAAGGUAAGUAAAAUCACAUUUUAUACUGAGAUCGGAAGGGGGGCGGUCACCUAACAGCCACUUCAGGACUAUAGUAUCAAGAGUAUAUGUUUGUUGCUUAAAUGAAGCAGUUCUGGUGUAUAGAUCAUGGCCCUGCUCAAUUCUCUGCCAUUUAGGAGUGGAAGGAACACUAUAGCAUUAGAAUUACAAAUCUGUAUUCCUAACUAUAUAGUGUCCCUAACUUUAUACCCCCUCCCCCAACCUUGAAUGAUAAAAGGAGCUAAAAAAACAUUUGUUCACUUACCUCUUUCCAGCACUGAGGCUCCCUCUGUGCUGGCCUGGUCUCCUCCAUUUUGCAAUGUCACAAUGACGGUGGGAACUAAUGAGCAUCAAUCAAUGCUUUCCUAGAGGGAAUUUGAAGGUGCAAAGCCUGAGGACGCCCCAUGUUCAAUAGUGGAGUAAAACUCCACUAGGGAGCCAGAAACACAUCUGGAUGACAGCCAGUAGAGGUGAAGUAAACUCUGAAAUGUAAUUAUUGCAGCUAAUCAAAAACUGCUGUGUUUUACAUUGAAGGGUCAGAGAUCAUCAGAAUUGGCGCUGCAAUGAGAUGAAGUUGUCGGGGUGCCUUAAGUGUCCCUUUAAAUCACUUUUUAAACGUCUUUAGCCUGCAGGAGCCUAUUGUGUGUGACUAAAGUUCAACUUACAGAGCAGGAGAUAAAAAUGUAUAAAGUAAGUUAACAUCUGACCGAAAAUGAAAUCUUUUUUUGUUUUUUUUCCCACUGACUGUCACAGCCAGGGUUAGUGCUAGGGAAAUGAAAAACCAAAGUGAUUUCACUUCUAAAUGUCAGUGAAUUGAGCAGUGAGACUGCUGGGGUAUGAUCUAUACACCCAAACUACUUCAUCAAACUAAAGUUGUUAUGAUACCUACAGUGUCCGUUUAAUACUCUUAGCAAAAUGUUACCAGCAUUCAAAUAAUGCUUUUCUAAACUCCCCAGCUGGUCCAUGGCUGCACAUAUGUGGCCUAUAAUUUUACGUUUAGUCUCUGACUGAUGUACACAAGGGGUCAGUUUGCCCAUGUCUUGGAUGUUUUCUCAGAGAUUGUUAAAGGGGUGCCAUCACUUCCCAUAAUAUGUAAUAUUCUAUUUACUAAUCCCCUACAUAAAAUGAAUAUGUAAUUGUGAGGUGUGAAAAAUAGAAUUAAAUGUAGAAAUUUACACCUUUUAUCCUGCAGCUGAAUACUGCCAUUUUAGCACCCUGUCCGUCAUUAUCAUAAUCUCCGUUCUAUGCUCCUGUCAAUCAACAUACAGACUGCAUACAGAGCAGAGGAAUACAGAAACAAUGUUUCUAUUCAUUCUCCUGAUUUGCCAGGUGUGUUUGACUGAGCCUUGCCCGAGCUGAAUACCAAUUGCUAAACCUUUUAAUUAGUGAUGUCCCGAACGGUUCGCCACGAAUGGUUCGCAGCGGACUCAUCAUUGAGUAAACUUUGACCCUGUACCUCACAGUCAGCAGACACAUUCCAGCCAAUCAGCAGCAGACCCUCCCUCCCAGACCCUCCCAUCUCCUGAAAAGCAUCCAUUUUACAUUCAUUGUGAAGCUGCAUUCUUAGUGAGCUGUCCAGGAGGUGGGAGGGUCUGGGAGGGAGGGUCUGCUGCUGAUUGGCUGGAAUGUGUCUGCUGACUGUGAGGUACAGGGUCAAAGUUUACUCAAUGAUGAGUCCGCGGCGAACCGUUCGGUGAACCGUUCGGGACAUCACUACUUUUAAUUUAUGUACAUUUUAAAAGAAAACACAACUUCACAUGAUAGAUAAUUUUAAAGGGACACUAUAGUCACCAAAACAACUUUAGCUUAAUGAAAGAGUUUUGGUGUAUAGAACAUGCCUCAUGCAGUCUCAGUGCUCAAUUCUCUGCUAUUUAGGAGUUAAAUCAUUUUGUUUAUAAACCCUAGUCACACCUCCCUGCAUGUGACUUGCACAGCCUUCCUAAACACUUCCUGUAAAGAGUCAUCUAAAGUUUAUCCUUCCUUUAUUGCAAGUUCUGUUUAAUUUAGAUUGUAUUAUCCCCUGCUAUGUUAAUAGCUUGCUAGACCCUGUAUGUGAUUAAAGUUAUAUUUACAGAGCAGGAGAUACAAUUCUUUCAGAUAAAUAACAUGUGAUUGAAAGUGAAACCAGUUUUUUCAUGCAGGCUCUGUCGAUCAUAGCCAGAGGAGGUGUGGCAAGGGCUGCAUAAACAGAAACAAAGUGAUUUAACUACUUAAUGGCAGUGAAUUGAGCAGUAAAACCUGAGAGGCAUGAUCUAUACACCAAAACUGCUUAAUUAAGCUAAAGUUGUUUAGGUGACUAUAGUGUUCCUUUAAUCAAUUGUGUGAUGUCCAGAGAAGUGAUGGAAAGGGGGCUAUGCAAUUUUGCUGAUAUUUGCUGUGCCAUGACUUCUCUUAGCUUGUGCCACAAUUUUCAUGAAUGAAACUACUGUAUGUGUUGAAUAACCCACCCACAAGACCAUGGCCUGGGUUUCAUGGGAAAUGCUCAUCUACCAUUGGAAAUUACUGUAGGGCUAGGAUCGGCUGUAACUAAGAGCAUUAGAUUAUAAUGUAUUAGAUUAAUUUAGUUUGGUGUGCAGUGGAUACGGUUUCCCAUAGAAGGGAUUGUUCUUGUAAUUUGUAUCAAGUAACACUUUGUUAAACAGUAUGAUUUAAAAUCCAUGUAACAAGGGAUUUCAUUCAGGGAUUAAUUCAAAUAAUAUUAUUAGCGGUGUGCAUGAAACUACAAGAACUCAGUACUUACCAGGUGCACAGACUAUAGUUCAUGAUGUGAAAACCAUUUACAAAAUGCACGCGGGCAGUACUGCAUAGUUUAUUAUUAUUAUCGCAAUUAAACAAAACCUGUCCUGAUUUUAUUGAACGGUUAAUGGGAAUACUUUAAUGCAUCUGUUUGCCUUUAGCCUCAUUAAUAUACUGUAUUUGUUUUUUAAAUCGUUUUUGUACUAUAAAGUAAAUAAAAAAAAUAAAAAAAUAAAUGUUUUGCACCAUAAGCCUUCCUCUUUAGCCACGCCCCCUCAUGCCAGAAGAAAGGCUUCCUUAUCAAAUGUAUGUACACAGCUCAGCCACAGACAGUACUGAAUGAUCUGACCUACACAGCAAUCUGCAUUAAAAGUAGAGGACACCCAGGGAGACUUACAGUUUCGCUGACUCUCUUCAGCCAGGUUGUGAAUUAAAGGUAGCUCACUCAGAGCUGUUAUAAUUGAGCUGUGUGGAUAUAUUUGAUAAGGAAGCCUUUCUGGCAUGAGGCAGUGGGGCUAAGGAGGAAAGCUUAUGGUGCAGAAUUCUGCAAAACAUGUAUCUAUUAAUGUAAAGAUUUGGGCAUGCAAAAAAUAAUUGCACAUCAAAAAGGCCCAAACCUUUCAAAUGCAUCAGUUGUAUUGCUGCCUGGAGUGUCCCUUUAAAUUCUCACACUUUUAAAUGCAUUAUAUAAUUAAUUAAUUUACCAUAAACAAACAUCAACAUUUGCUGCAAGUCUGCACCUUUUUCUACGUCCAAAAGGAGCCUGCGAUUUCACCCCAUUUUGUUUCACAUCAUGUACACAUCUAUGCAAGGUAUGCAGGAAAUGAUGAGUUAUGAAACGUGCAGUUCUGCAAACAACUGUAGUUUCAUUAUUGAAAGGGCAUAAACGAAGCAGCCUAAUGGAAGGCUCUAAUGGAAUGUUAUAUCAUUCAUAUCCUGGUAGGGACAUUAUUACGUUUAAAGGGACUGCAGUGCCAGUAAUACAAACCCUUUAUUUACUUAAUAAGUACUCCUCUUUUUCCAGUGCCCCUCGGUGCUGGGUCGUCGCUCCGCCCCCUCUUCCAUCCAGUGACAAGCAGGGUCUAAUGCACAUGCGCGGCAAAUGACUCAAUGCUUUUCUAUGGGGAAAAAUCUGACGCUGGAGGUCCUCAUGCAGAGCGUCAGGAUUGUUCAGCGUCAGAUACCAAUUUCAAUUCAGGAAGCACCCCCAGUGACUGUCUGUUAGACAGCUACUGAGGGCAGACUUAGAGCUACGAUGGAAACAUUGCAGCGCUAAGUGCAAAAGGGACACCGCACCCAGACCACUUCAAUGAUCUGAAGUGGUCUGGGUGCCUACAGUGUCCCUUUAACUUUGCUAUAGAAAUGGGGGUGUUAUAGCUGCAAAUCGUUGAAUCUAUAAGUAGAAAAUUCAUGGAGACGAGGUCAGGGAAGCUCUUGCCCUAUAACCUAUACAACAAUAUUUGCUUAUGGUGUGCGGGGUGUCUCAAUAAUAUUUUUAGUAAGAUACCUACCCUGUUACCUGCUACAAACAAUGGUUUAAGAGAUCAGAUGCCAGUAAGACCUGAACGGAAAACACGUGUUCUAAGUUGCGGACAAAUGAUCUGAUUGACAAACAUGAUCUUGACCUACAGGGUACAUUGAGUACACUGUCACACUGCAGUAAACACAGCUAUUUUUACUCCAGGAUGCCAGUAGAAGUAAACAACAGAUUGCUGAGAACUAACUUUGUCAUCUCUCGUAAAAUCUGAAAAAAAACUUUCUACAUUUGCAAGUGAAUUAUAUUAUGGAUUAAUGAUUAAACAGUGAGUUAAGCUGCUGAUAAUUUAUACAAAAAAUUGCUGAACUGUAUUUUUCGACCUUUUUUCACAUUUUACAACUUGGUUGUGAAUAAUUCACAGCACCUUAUCAUAUAUCUGUGUUCUGUGACUAUACUCCACAAGAAAACAUUUUGACACUUUAUGGUUAAUAGUGAAACAAACAAUAUAUAAGGGCUCUUGCUUUAUGUACGCUUUCUUUGCCUAUUCAGCCCUGUAUUAUUAUCCGUAAUAACAAGGAGAACUUAGAACAAAAUAACAGUCAGCGUUCACUGGUCAUACGGUGCCAGUGCGAGGGAGGGUCCUUCCCCCAACGAGUUUUGCCCUAUUUUCCCCAAGUCUCUGAUUGGACUGUCUUGUUCUAAUUGGCACUGUGUUAAAUAUUGUUGUGUUUGUGUUACUCUGUAUGUAUUUUAUUUUUAUUUCAUUAACCCAUAAAGUUGAAUGCUUGGCAUUAAAGAAAAACUCCAAGCGCCAUAAGUUCUUCAGCCCACUAUAGUGCCAGGGAUCCCUGGUGUCCUCCUAGUGUAAGUAGUUAAACCGUUUGCAAAUAGUUUGACAACUUGUCUAUUGACGUCUGUUAGGCGCCUGUCACUGCUUCACCUGCUAGCAGAAGCUCCUUUAAGGAGCUUCUGUUGGCCACAUUGAUUUACAACCUGCCAUGUAGGGUUGGGUCAAUGGAUCAGCCGAACACUCUCAGCUAAUAUGUUGACCCUGCACGGUCAGGUUUAGCUUAAUGCAGGAGCUUCCAUCUAAAGCGUAGACUGCAGCGGAAACCUGGAGGACCCCAGGUAAAUUGUGAAACCGUUCUUUUAUACAUGAGGCAGGAGGAUCAUAGGAUACUCCUGACAACAUAACCACCACAACAGGAUGUAGUGGUUAUGGUACUCAGAGUGUUCCUUUGCUUGUGCAAUACUAAGUUUAUUUCAGCAUGCAUAACAUUGAACCUCCAAGUUUGAUGGUUACUCUAUGGCUUCUGUGAAAGCAAUGGUAAUAACACCAUUGAUUAAAACAUAGAAUCUGUACAUUGCGUUAACAGCAGCAAAUUUAUAUCAUUCUAUUUAACGUGCCACCAUGUAACUGUUGCUUGACAGGCAGGGUCACUAGACUGAACCAGUUUUCCUGCACAAAUCACUUAUUUAAACUGGAAGACAGCGCAUGUAAAGUGCUGCCCUGCAAUAUGUGCAAUUUACAUGCUGCAGAAUUCCUCAAAGAAUAAUUCUUUCUCCCUCGUUCUGCACAUGACGUCUACCAACUUCCAAACAAUAUGUGUAAAUGACAUCUGUCCAUGAAUACGUGGUGUAUCUGGCCACAGUAAUGUUAAACUUUCACAGUCUUUGUUUGUUAACUGACAUCAAUGCAAAAUAUUUUAGUAAGAGAUAAAGUAUGAAUGAAGUCUAAGUGGCAUAAUUUUAGCAGGUAAUAAUCGAGAUCGUUAUACCUAAUGGAAUGUUAAUUUGAAUAUUCUUUUCACCCCUAAAGUAUUUCAGCUUUUAAUUACUGUGUGCAACCUUGUCAACCAAUGACAUGUUACAGCAUUAGAUAUUAUACAAGUUUUCGAGUAUGUGCACAUUAUAAAUGUGUGUCAACUUGCUCUGGGUAAACACUCCAGACACGUGUCGUGGAGUAAUAUUUCAUGUUCCCGGGUGUCCACUUCUGACUAUUCACUGUCACUUCACUAUAUCGUACUGAACACUUUGUCAGUGAUCGCUGUGACGAACUCACAGCACAAAUUGUAAAGAGCCAGUAUUAGCAUUUUUAAAAGUGAACACGUUUAGGUUAUAUUUAAUGGUUAAUUUAUUUGCGUAAUGUCCAGUGAAGUGGUGAUAAACCACACUUUUAGAUCUUCACAAGUGAUCCUCCAAAUUGCAUGUAGGGAGUUAUGGUCAUGCAAUAAAAAAUAAGGCACACUCUUUUUUUUUUUUCUUUUGUAAUCGCCAGGCAUUCUUUCAAAUAAAUGGCUUAUACAUAAACAGGUUCUUUUCAGAUUGAUAAGCAUGGUCCCUGCUUGGCUGUUGAUGAAUGCACAAGAAUAGGUGUUGAUUUUCCCGUUGUGUGCCCACUUUAAAGGAACACUAUAGUGUCAGGAACACAAACGUAUUCCUGACACCAUAGUUCUAAAAUAUCAGUUUAGGUCCCUGUGAAGAGAGUCAGAGUUGAAUUUAAUUACCAUUUUCCAGCGCCGUGCGGGUCUCCUUUUGGCUGGCUCCGCCUCUUUCCCAGCUUUGGCUGAGAUUAUCAGACUUGGUGAUCUUACCCAAUCACAUGCUUAGGAAAGUAUUGGUAGGCUGUCACGCAUGCACGGCAAAAUCAGCGUCUCCUCUUAGAGAGGCAAUGAACAUAUUGCAUCUCUAUGGGGAGCGUUCAGUGGCGAAGCUAAACGUUAGUGCUGCACACUGUGCAGCAGUGACCUAGGAAGCACCUCUAGUCGCCAUCUUACUGACUCUAGAGGUGUUACUAGGCAGUAAUGAAAAAAAUAACCUUUUCUCUGAAAAGGCAGUGUUUACUUUAAAAAGCAUGCAGGGACAAGUAGUUAUGGUGAUUAUAGUGUCCCUUUAUGUUAGAAAUAGUGUACUUCACCUUUCUCCCUAAAAAACUUCAUCUGUUGAAAUAACACACAGAUGAGUUAUUCUCAUCAGACUAAAUAUAUCUCAUAUAAACAUUUCAAAAUAACAAGAGCACAGGGUACAGUGACCAGAGUCACAUUAUGCGAUGAUGGUAACCUCGAGUUUCAUAACCUCUUUAUAGUGAUUAGAUCACCUGAAACAUUGUCUACUAAUCUAUGUUUGAGGAGCAAUCUGGAGCAAAGUGCUAAAAGUGGAGCAAUUGGCACGACAAUCAGACUGGUUUCCAUAGUAAUUGCUCCACUUUAAAAACCUUUCCCAUACUUGUACUUUAUUAGUAACACACAGGGUUAAUUGUAAGGAAUUCAAAGUGAAUUUUACAUUUACAUGUUUUGUUUCUUUAAAAAAAAAAGGGGGGGUGUGAGAGGGAUGAGAGGAGGGGAUGGCGCAGAGGAGAGAGAGUGUGUGUGUGUGUUAUACACUGCUCAAAAAAAUAAAGGGAACACUUAAACAACACAAUGUAACUCCAAGUCAAUCACACUUCUGUGAAAUCAAACUGUCCACUUAGGAAGUGGUUCUGCAGGUGGUGACCUCAGACCACUUCUCAGUUCUUAUGCUUUCUGGCUGAUGUUUUGGUCACUUUUGAAUGCUGGCGGUGCUUUCACUCUAGUGGUAGCAUGAGACGGAGUCUACAACCCACACUAGUGGCUCAGGUAGUGCAGCUCAUCCAGGAUGGCACAUCAAUGCGAACUGUGGCAAGAAGGUUUGCUGUGUCUGUCAGCGUAGUGUCCAGAGCAUGGAGGCGCUACCAGGAGACAGGCCAGUACAUCGGGAGAUGUGGAGGAGGCCGUAGGAGGGCAACAACCCAGAAGCAGGACCGCUACCUCUGCCUUUGUGCAAGGAGGAACAGAAGGAGCACUGCCAGAGUCCUGCAAAAUGACCUCCAGCAGACCACAAAUGUGCAUGUGUCUGCUCAAACGGUCAGAAACAGACUCCAUGAGGGUGGUAUGAGGGCCCGACGUCUACAGGUGGGGGUUGUGCUUACAGCCCAACACCGUGCAGGACAUUUGGUAUUUGCCAGAGAACACCAAGAUUGGCAAAUGCGCCACUGGCGUCCUGUGCUCUUCACAGAUGAAAGCAGGGUCACACUGAGCACAUGUGACAAAGUCUGGAGAUGCCGUGGAGAACGUUGUGCUGCCUGCAACAUCCUCCAGCAUGACCGUUUGGCAGUGGGUCAGUAAUGGAGUGGGGUGGCAUUUCUUUGGGGGACCGCACAGCCCUCCAUGCAGGGCCAGAUUAAGAGCCCAGUGGGCCUGGUGCUGACAAUUAUGAUGGGGCCUAAUUACAGAAUUUCCACGGCCACCGGAUCGCCGUGAGGUGCGGUUGCACCGGACCAGUGUGACCGCGCCAACGAACUGAGCUUACCUGCUCAGCGGCAAGUCGGGAGCCGCUCUACCGGGUUCUCCUGGCUGCCUGCCCGGGUUCAAGAUGGUGCCGAAACACGCGGUCGCAGCAAGAUAUAGCUCUGCCCCCCAGGGUCACACACACACAUUCUGCAGUAAGAGGCCAGAGGGAUAUUUAACCUAGGUGGUUUUCGUUCCUGGUUCUUGAAUCCUGAGAGUGCAUUUUCUUGUCCUGUUUUUGAUAUUCCCAGUAUUUUGACCUUGACUAUUCCUGACUAUUCUGAUUCCUGGCUUCCCUGACUUGGCUUGUUAAAUGGUAUUGUAUAUUUCUGGCUCCCUUGACCAUUCUCUGUUUUUAACGUAUUAGUCCGGCCAUUCUAAGGACCGGUUUACAUUUUAUCAUUUUCUGUCUAUGUAGAUGUUACAUAGUUCUGCAUGCUGGACCACACUAGCAGUCAUGACAAGAAUCUUAUCGACCAUAGACAUUAAAACAGUCAUACCUCUCAAGCGUCAAGUAUCUAAUGGAGAUGGUGUUGGAGGGAAACUCAAAGGAUGCAGCUUUAAGAAAACACAUACUCUAUGCUAAUCUCGCUCUAAUUUAUGCUUUAAUCUUUCAAGUAAAUCCAUACCCCACUAACAGCAGUGUCCAGUAAGGCAGGAAGUCAAUGGGGACACUGGGAGAAAUGGGCACACAGACACUAGGGACACAGAGACACAGACACUGGAAGACAUGGGGACACUAAGACACUAGGAACACUGAGAGACAUGGGGAUACUGAGACACUAGGGACACUGGCUGGGAGGCAUGGAGACACAGGCAUGGAGACAUUUGGGGACACUGGGAGACAUGGGGACAUUUGGGGACACUUAGGGACACUGAGAGACAUGGAACACAGACACUGGGAGACAUGGGGACACAGGGAGACAAGGGGACACAGACACUAGGGGGACUGGCUGGGAGACAUGUGGACACGGGGAGACAUGUGGACACUGGGAGACAUGGGGACACAGACAUUUGGGGACACAGACAUUUGGGGACACUGGGAGACAUGGGGACACUGAGACAAUAGGGGGACUGAGAGACAUGGGGAUAUAGACACUGGGAGACUAGGGGACACUGAGACAAUAGGGACACUGGCUUGGAGGCAUGGAGACAUUUGGGGACACUGGGAGACAUGGGGACAUUUGGGGACACUUAGGGACACUGAGAGACAUGGAACACAGACACUGGGAGACAUGGGGACACAGGGAGACAAGGGGACACAGACACUAGGGGGACUGGCUGGGAGACAUGUGGACACAGACAUUUGGGGACACUGGGAGACAUGGGGACACUGAGACAAUAGGGGGACUGAGAGACAUGGGGAUAUAGACACUGGGAGACUAGGGGACACUGAGACAAUAGGGACACUGGCUUGGAGGCAUGGGGACACUGUGUCCCAUGUGUCUCUGUGUCUCAGUCUGUCUCCCAAAUUCCCCAUGUGUCUCAGCAUCCCCAUAUCUCACAGUGUCCCCUAGUGUCUCAGUGUCCCCAUGUCUCCCUGCUGCCUUUCCUCCAUACUUCACUUACCUGAGCUGUAGGCUGUCUCUGUAGGCUGGGAGCUGCUGUGUAGCUGCUCCCCUGCGGAUCAGUGAGUAGAGAGCGAAAGGGAUAUGCUGUAACUUCCUAUCCCUGCCUCUCUCCACACACAGUGACCCCUACUGGUUAGUGCUGGUAUUACAGAGUAAUCUCCAUUUAUACUGAGAAAAAUACCUGCAAUUGUAUUGCCGGUAUUACUGCAAUACCGGCAUGGCCAGGCAGCCUCAAAUACUGGUAAAAUACCAGUCAGAUGGCAAACCUAAGAGUAGUGUACGUAAAAAAAAAAAAAAUUUUUUUUUUUUUUUUUUUAAAUGGGCCUGGGCCUGGAGCUGAAGCUCCAUCAGCCCCUAUGUUAAUCCGGCCCUGCCUCCAUGUGCUCGCCAGAGGUAGCCUGACUGCCAUUAGGUACCGAGAUGAGAUCCUCAGACCCCUUGUGAGACCAAAUGCUAGUGCGGUUGGCCCUGGGUUCCUCCUAAUGCAAGACAAUGCUAGACCUCAUGUGGCUGGAGUGUGUCAGCAGUUCCUGCAAGAUGAAGGCAUUGUUGCUAUGGACUGGCCCGCCCGUUCCCUAGACCUGAAUCCAAUCGAGCACAUCUGGGACAUCAUGUCUCGCUCCAUCCACCAAUGUCACGUUGCACCACAGAAUGUCCAGGAGUUGGCAGAUGCUUUAUUCCAGGUCUGGGAGGAGAUCCAUCAGGAGCAUGCACAGGCAUUGUAGGGAGGUCAUACAGGCACGUGGAGGCCACACACACUACUGAGCCUCAUUUUUACUUGUUUUAAGGACAUUACAUCAAAGUUGGAUCAGCCUGUAGUGUGUUUUUCCACUUUAAUUUUGAGUGUGACUCCAAAUCCAGACCUCCAUGGGUUGAAAAAUUUGAUUUCCAUUUUUUAUUUUUUGUGUGAUUUUGUUGUCAGCACAUUCAACUAUGUAAAGAACAAAGUAUUUCAGAAGAAUAUUUAAUUCAUUCAGAUCUAGGAUGUGUUAUUUUUUGUGUUCCCUUUAUUUUUUUGAGCAGUGUAUAUGCGAGCUCAUUAGCCCCUCCACAUAGGAAAGCAUUGUUACAAUGCUUUCCUAUGGAGAUUUAACUGACUCUGGAUGUACUCAUGUAGAGCGUGAGGACGUUCAGCCUCCGUUAUGCAACAAAAAGUGGCCAAGCAGGGAAGGGGGGGAGGGUGGGGGGGAGGGGGCGGGCAAGGGGGGGAGUGGGGCCUUGAGCGGGGCCGGACCGCCAUGCUGGCAGUUCCUGCAACUUUUCUUUGUUUUACCUUUAAAAACCGAUUUAAUACCCAUUGGACAACAAACUACGGCGACCCUGUGUAAGCAGACACCCUGGUCCAAAGGAGAGGCUUGCUGCUACGUUUUAGUCCCUUGGAGGGGUGCUCUCCGCCCCCCACGAUGGAGAGCGCUUGGGCGGUGAGUGAAGUGGAGCGGACGGCCGCCGCCCUGCUAUCCUGCUCACCAGUGGUGCAAGCAACGCACGAGGCUAGGGGGGGGUCUGACCCCGUUCCCCCCCCCCUCUGGACUGGUGGGGGUGAUCCCGGUCCUCACCCUGGGCCCGCCAGCGUACAGCAACACCAGCAACCCGGGAUGUGAUGGAGCUCCAAAACUCGGAGGCCGCAACAAAAAUGGCAGAGACCGCACGCUGAGGCACCCAAGUGAGCGGUAAGUCGGAUGCAUCCACCUCACACAGUCGGCAAGCUGACAUGGGGCAAGAGGAAACCAGUGAGUACCUGCUAAGACCCACCCCAGGUCCAGCCAAAUGGCGGCGGAGAAGCCGGAAUGCCCCCAGCGACGAAGCCCUACACACUAUUCAGUGCGAAGAUGCCUACUCACGUGUAUCCAGCACCUAGAAUUGUGUAACACAGAGAACUGAUAGAUAACACAUACAGGACCUUAGAAUGGCCGGACUAACGUACCAAAGAAUAGUCAGGAAUAGCCGAGGUCAAGGGAAACAGAAAGAGACACAGCGAUAAGGAAAAGCCAGGAGUCGGGGAUGACAGAAAACAGGGAAGUCAAAAACAAUGCCAAAGUCAAAUAACCAGAAUUACCAGAAUCAAUAACGCGCUCUCGGACAACUACAAGGGAAACCACGACAGGGCACUGAGCAGGAUGAGAACUGGGCCUAAAUACCCCUCCUCUAGAUCUGAUAGGCUGUAACCGGCCUUUGAACCCCAAAGCAGUUACCAGGUUCCCAUUUGCAUAAUUGCUGCUCAGCAUUAACCCUUCUGAGGAUUAGGUUGCUGCUCGGCACAACUUUUCCUGUGUGGACAGUAAAUGUCAUUAACCACAUUUUUAUAAGCGGAUGAAUACGUGACAAGUACUUAACAUGGCAGUACCCAAGCUUUUGUCCCCCUGCUGCCAAUAUACUCCACUAUACUUCACAGGCAAGCCUAACGGCUCUCAGCCACUGACUCCCAUCUGGCUGGUGAGGGGUUAGCCGGGGGUGGAAAAACCUGCGCAUGUUUAUUGCUUUUAUCUAUUCAUGUCCUAAUUUAAGCGGCUGGACCCUCUUGCUUUAGUUUGACUAUCCUUACUGUUGGCGACACAAACGUUUCUAAAGCAAUCCCAUAAGACCUAUCUUGUAUUUCAUUCUAUGUUCUACUUGCACUAGCCUGUCUAUGCACCCAACUUCGCAAAUUAGCAUUACCUGAGUCGACCAUAGACUAGCUAACGUACUGUUUAAGCCUGUACACAACCGUCAACAUAACUAUAAAACUUGUGCAAUGUUAUCAUAUGCCCCACUGUUAUAAUUGUUUUGACAUACGCAAGUGGACUGCCGUUGUGGUGCCACAUGCAUGCUUGUUACACUCAUGUGCACUACAAAAAAAAAAAAUGUAAAAAAAAAAAAAAAAGUGGCCAAGCAAGCAGGAAGUGCCUCUAGAUGCUGUCUAGUGGCAGUCUUAACCCCGCAAUGCAAUUAUUGCAGUUUUUUAAAAACUGCAAUAAUUAACAUUGCAGGGUUAAGGGAACAAGUACAUUGCUCCCAGACCAGUUCAAUGAGCUGAAGUGGAUGUGGUGCCUAUAGUGCCCCUUUAAUUUUGAAAGGAAUUCAUGAUUAAAACAUUAUAAAGCAUAAUCGUUAUUUAAUUUUUUCUUAAACUGAAAAACAGGGACUGUAUUUAUAUUCUCCAGAGCAAUAAGUAUCUGUUUGAUAUACAAGGCAUUUUCACAAACAGCUGUUCUCUUGUUCUGUCUGGAAUUAAGUAGGAGUAUGAAUAGGGAUUACCCUGAGUUUCUGAAUGUGUUAUUUGAUCUUAUUAUUCCUGUUUCCAGAAGUGUUGUGCAUAUUUUCGAGUCAUGGGUAUUUUCGAAUAAUACCUUCUUAGGCAGUGAGCGGAUUGUAAUAUUUUAUGAAACCUCUUACUUGUGUCGGUUCACUUAUAGUUUAUAAAAAAAAAAUAUAUAUUUUAUAAAAAUGGCAAAAAAGAAAUAAAUCUUUUUUUAAAUGGUCAAGGUUUUCCAGUGGAAGCAGUUUUGAGAUUUAAAGAGCGAUAUACAUUUUAAAAUACAUAUUGUUUGCCAAUCACUGUUACCUGUGCUCUGAUCAGCACAGGUAACAGUGCAAACCAUAAAAAAAAACAAAGAAAAAAAGUUUACUGCGCACUAUCCCAAUUCUCUAUUCACAUUUAAAUAACUAGUGGUUUUUCACUCCAGUGGCCAUUAACCCUUUAAGGACCAAUCUUCCGGAAUAAAAGGGAAUCAUGACAUGUGACACAUGUCAUGUGUCCUUAAGGGGUUAAAGAGUCAGCUCACCUGCCACAUCAAGGCAAAACAUCUUUGGUGAGUCCUACACCAACAAUUCACCCCGCUGUUUUCAGCUGAAGGUAAAAAUCUCUAAUGGAACAACAAGGGGUAAUUUUCUGAACUUAACAUGAGGCUGGAUAUCCUCAUGCUUCAGGACGUCCAUCGUCCGUUAAGUGACCAAAAUAUGCCCAACGAAACUGAAGUCCCUCUAGUAGACAGCCAUUAGGGGAGGAGUAAACCAUCAAAGGUAAUUAUUCCUGAUUAUUAAAAACUGCAAUAAUCAACUUUGCAGGGUUAAGGGGCCUGGGACAGAGCACCCAGACCACUUCGAGGAGCUGGCGUGGUCUUGGUGCCUAUAGUGUCCUUUUAAUACAGAAAACACAUGGGGUUGGUGGCAGCACUGUAACAUGGCCCAGAAGUAGAGUCAGCUUGAGCGCAGGGCUUAACUUUGUGUGUUUGUAACGGUGCAAUCCAUGUCCUCUACACGCACCAUAACCAACCUUUUGGUGAAGUGGUUUUGGGGUAGUGCCCAUUGAAUCAGAGUGAGGGCUCUGUUUACAUAUGAAAUUUGUUUUACAGACGCAGUUAAUGUUUUAUCUAGUGAUGCAUAGAAAGACAAAUAACUGCAUUUCUUCCACAGUUGAAUCUCUUUAGUUAUAAUGUUUUAUUUAUAGAGUCUUUUUAGGAGCCUGAGGCUCAAGCUAUUCAUCAACAAUAAUCAAAAGAAUAUAUUGUGCCUAAUAUUGCUGAUACGACGAAAAACUUGUUUACAUCCAAAAUCACCCUUCUGCCUCCCUCUUCCCUACAGGUAGAUACUUAUGUGAAACUUGUAAAACAAGAAUUGCUAUUUUGUAAAACUCUAACCACGGUUGUCUGUUUCUUAACUCAAGCAAAUCUAAGUAUGUGAACCCAAAGGGCACAAAGUUCUCAUAAAUAAUGUCUCUUUUACAUUAAUUUUAUGUGCCGCAGCCAGGCUCAAGCUGUGCGAUAUCUCCUACAUGUCCCCCAAACUAAAUAAAUAAGCAACACAAUGUACAAAUGUACACUGCGUAACCAAGAAAUUGAGGAUCUUUUCGCGGUUUAAAAAUCAACUUCAUUACAUAACCAUGGUUACAAUUUUGCAGUCAUCAUCACUUCAUAGUGACUAAACUAGUUGCUCUUCAUGGCUUGAGAUGAGCCACUUACAUUAUUAUUAUUAUUAUUAUUAUUAUUAUCAUUGAACUUGCUGGUAAAGGAAGUGUGGUGGUGGUCAUGUCUAAAAUAGAUUAUGUCCGAGGUCAGGCGAUAGGUUGGUGACCCUGACACACACAAAAAAUGUGCUAGAUACCCCCUUUAGGACUUGUAAGAGAUAUCAAGGCUGUGCUUAAGGGGGCUUUUCAAGAUAAAUCAGAUUGUAUUUUCCUUCUCCGAGUUUCCUCCAGCUUGUUACAUUUGGCCUAUGGUUUAUUUUCUGGAUCCAAAUAUUAUGUUGUACCAUGGUAAUUUUAAAGCAUUAUCUAUUCAUUUCAAUUUGGAGUUAAGAAAUGUUCCUGAUGUUCUUUGGGCUAGCCAUCUUCACCCCAGCUACAUUUAAACAAAUACAUGGAAGUAAAAUCACUGGCUGGCAUGUUGUAAACAAACAAAAGUUUUGUGCACUACCAACAGAUUCCACCAGGAAACCAAGACCAAGUAACACGUGAUAUCCUUCAGACUUACAGCAAGUUGCUUUUUCCUCUCCAGAAAUGUUCUCUCGAUUCUAGUAGGCCAGUAGAUGAGUCCACCUUAUACACAUUAUUUUGUGGACUUUUAUGUGUAGCCUAUAGUACCAUCCUACCGUCUACCUACAUGAUGCUCUUCUUUUGUCCUUCUCUAAUAGCCAACACACCUCCUCCCCAAACAGCUGUCCUAUUUGAUGAUAAGGGCCACUUGAAAGCAUUCUCAUUAUUGAGAUUGAAUAGUUGCAAUCCCCACACACAUUAUGUGGUGGUUCUUCAACCUCAAUAAAUACUCAAAUUCCAAAAAACAAAUUGACUAUCUCAUGCACUUGAGUUACAUACUGCACUGACUAAUGCACUCUGCAUUCUUGUAAUGAACACUAGGGGUCAUACUAUGUAAAGUAUUUGUGGCAAACUGAGAGCUAAUUUUUUCAGUGUGUCUGCAGAAAGUGGUUUCAUUUUUGUUUAACUUCUGCUGUAGUGAUGGUGGAAAAACUGUAAACGGCAGUAAGUCUUCAGAAAUAAAUUAGGCUUUAAAUUGCACAGUUAAACUUUGUGCUUUUGGUUUUCAUAUUCUAAGAUUUAGUAUUACAAACUGGUGCACAGUUUGUUUGUUUUUCUCCCCCCCCGAAAUAUUUUCUUAAAAUAAUCUAGAAUUACAUUGCAUAAAUAAUAGCCUAGAAUGCAUUCAUUUUUUACAAUAUUACAAAUCAUGAACAAAACAAAUCAAUGGGCAUAUAAGCCUACAAGUACAUAUGACAACAUGGCAUUGAAGGCAUAGUGCAAUUUCAGAUAGUUACGAAUAUCAGUAAGGAACCCAUAGAGGAGGUAUGUAAGCAACCAUAAAAAUACUGGGAGCGUAGAUGUGGGCCCUAAGGGGAGAAAAGCAGCAGAGUAGGAACUGUCUAUAUAGAUUUAGCUGAGAUAGGGAGGCUCUGUGAGGAGUUUGUGCACACACCAUGGAAUGGUUUCCAGUACUGAUUUAAUUUACUGCUGGAAGGAGUAGUUUAGAUUUUUUUUAUAACAUCUCCAAAAAUUGAAAAAAUAUUUGGACAUUCUGGCCUUUUGUUAUAACGUAUAUUCAGGCAAUCCAUUCUGAAUGUGAAUGAAGGUCUGUCUCUCUCUAUAAAUGAAGAUAGCGUGGCACCACUAUAUUGUUUCUAGAUUUGUAGAAUGGUGUUGUGGGCUACAGGUGCUAACAUUCUAAGAAAUCCCUUGUGAGAGUGAAGGUUCAGCUUGAGAAUGCUGAACUUGCCCAAUUCAGAGGUGUUGGGGAGGGAUGUGAUAAUGACGGGCAAAUUAACCAUACGACCUAGAAGACUUGGAUUUGUGAACAAGACAUCAAAUAGUGGUAGAGGUCAGCUUUGGGAUGUCGGCAUCCAGAACUGGUAUGCUCAGCAGAUAGGAAGUCCAGUUCAACUCAAAUUUCUCAAUUGACGUUGUUUAAUUAUGUGUGAAUGAACGGAGUGCAUAAUUUUUGUUUUUUUUUAAAAGGUGCAUGGAUAACCUCUCUCCUUUUUUCUACAGUUGGGGAGUCCCAUUGGUGAUCACCGUGGCUGCUGUGUCUUUGCAAAAGAUUGGCUAUGAUGCCUCCUAUGUGUCCGUAGGCUGGUGCUGGAUAAACAUUGACGCCGAGGACAAACUCAUGUGGAUGUUGUUGACUGGCAAAGUGUGGGAGAUCCUGGCAUAUAUCAUUCUGCCUGUGCUGUAUGUUCUAAUCAAGAAGCACAUCGGACGAGCGGUAAGGCCUUUUCUAUCUUUUUCUAUUUCUAUUGCUGUUCUCCUAGCUUUUGUUUUUCGGUUUUAUUCGUUAUAGUUUUUUUAUAGUUUUAAGGUUUGUGCACAAACGAAGUCUCAGGAACCCCUCUUAGAUUACAUAUUAUUAAAUAACAACACAGGAAUACAUUUUUGCUGCCUUCCCGCUAUCCACUCCACACCUCUUGAAGAUAAGCCCAAUUUGAGUGCAUAUAUCAGUCAGAAGUUUAUUUAUAAUACCCCAUAAAUAAUGACUAGCUCCUUGAUGUAAUUGAAGAAUUUCACUGUCUGCUAAGGUGUAAUUUUAAGUAUCUUAUCGAUAAUGAACAAAAAGCCUCACAUUUUUUGAGUAAGGAAGGUAAGCUGCCUUGAGCUGUGUAGACCUCCCAACAGGACAGAAGUUAGAAAAACAAAGUCAUUACUUCAUAAGUCAUAUUAAUAUAGGCAGGCUUGGGGGUGUUUUCCUUCAGAAUAGGUCAUUGUACACAUAAAGUUUCAAAAUGUAUUUUUGCCAAUACCUUUGGUGUGACAGGUUUGUUCAAUAAUGGUGGUUUUUAAUCACUUUGUGGAACAAGUAACUCUUGUACGUAAACGUGUAUUGAAAUGAGUUUUUGUUUUACGUUUCUCCUUUCUUCAAACAUGUCACCCUAAUUCUGGGGUGAGGUGAAACUCUUUAUCAAAGUACAUCACUAAUGAAAAGAGAUUGCAAACUCUGGUUCAACAGAAACCCCCCAAAGGUUCUAUCUAGAAUGUGUUUAUAUAUAAUGCCUCUUAUGAACUACAUUGGUUAAUACUGGAAGCAGGUUUGUUAGAAUUUGAAUAGUGACAAAAGAUGGCAUAUUUAAGGUAAUGUACAGCUACCACCGGUCAUUUAAAAAAAACAUCACAAAUAAAUUGUGACCCCGGAUGUUGACCCAGAUUUCUUAAAAAAAUUAAAAAAAUAAAAUCAGAUCAAAAUCACUUUUCAAAGGCGUGACUUUUACUUAAGAAAUAAGUAGAUGUCAUGUUUACUGGCUGACAUGUAUGUGGUUUGAAUUUAGUGAAGUGAAACUUGUGUAGCAAUGAAUUUGCAUGAGUAACCUUCAUUAAAGAAGGGUUUUCUGUUUAUUUAUUUUUUUACAUAUUUAAACAUUGUUUGCAUUUGGUCACUUCUGUUGCUGUAAAUUAAUUUAUUUCCAAUGUAAUAAUUUUUUAAAAUAAACACAUUUACAGGUUUCUCCCCAAUCCCUAACUCAUUGUACACAGAACCUCAGAUUUCUAAAAGGCCAUUUAAGUGGUCUUAUACUGGCCACCAUUUCCCUCCUUAGUGGUAGCUUUUGGACACAAAGGAAACACCUUAUGCAUAUUCUGUCCACCUGGACUUGUUACUUGUGAACAUACACUUAUAUUCACAAUUCAAUCCAGUCUUUCGAAGUUCAAAAUCAACGACAUUCACACAGUUUUUAACAGGACUCUACGUGUUUGCAUAUAUGCUCGAAAAUUCACCCAGUAAUAGCCUGCACACAAUUAAAUUGUUUACCAGCAUGACAUCCGUUUUUUGUCCUAUCAUUGACAUGAUAUUUUAUUAAAAGAUUUCAAAAGCAUUUACAGAAAUAUUAACCUUUUAAAGCACAGCAGGGGGUGCGUACUUUAUUCCUGUGUCAGGCAAAUAGUUAAACGGUUAGAUAUGUUUAAAUUACCAUGGUGUGUGUAAAGUGUUAUUUUAAACUUGAUAAAUGUUCCCAUAACAAAAAGAUGUGGCUAAGCCCUGGCCUUCUCCACCUCUGCUCUACCCAAAACAACCAUAUUUAUCAAGCGCAAGUACAGACAUUCUGUCUCAGUGAAUGUGUCGGCAAUCAGAAUGUAUGUCAAAGGUGAGAGAGAUCUGUCGUUACAUUCUAAUGGAACAAAGGAGUUUCACAAAAUCCAGAAUCACAGAAUUCGUUCACAGAACAUUCCAGGCUGCAGUUGAACCCAAAUUAAUUCUUUAUAUAAAUGUUACACGAAAAACAAAAAUAAAAAGCAUCCUUCUAUUUGAGGUUUUUGUAUUUUGUUGCAAAGCCCCAAGAUUUACAUCUACUGCAGAGAGUCUCAAAUAAAGCUGUGAAAUAGUGAUUUGCAUUAAUCAUUUCCCAGACCCAUCCAUCUUGAUUGCAGUAGGAAAUUACAGAGUAGAAGAUAUCAUAAUUAAUGUGUAAAAUGCGCCGGUUAAUAACUACUGUGCUAUUAAAGACACCCAAUUAAUCUGUGAAGAAGGAUUUUCAGGGUAUGGUAAGCACAUCCAUCAAAACUUCUUCAAUUUCAGUGAUAAUGUGGUUUUUAAACCGGUAUUGACUUUUCUGUUCUUUUCCCAGCAUGCAGCUCUUUCAGAAUAUCGCCCGAUCCUGCCCGUUACUCCUGUGUAUCAGCCCAGAACCAUUGCCGAUAAGAAGCUGGUAUUCAUCCCCAUUAUAUUUAUCUUCCUUCGUGUCUGGAGCACCAUUCGGUUCAUUUUGACUCUGUGUGGUUCCCCAGCAGUUCAUAACGUCAUACUCGUCAUUCUUCAUGUAAGUCAAUCUUCCAUUACAGCAAAUGUUUGUCCCAAAUAGAGUACUGUGAUCCCCAGAUGGCCAACUGCAUUCUUAAGUAUGCUAGUUGUGUCUUUUUAAUCCUUUCAGCUUCAGAAAAGUCAAAGCAUUGUGAAAUGAUAUCCUUUGAUUAAAAUCGUAUCUGGUUUUUAUUCCACCUUUAACACUUCCGCUACCUUCUUACUUCAGAAAAAGAAUAAACAGAAAAACAUAAGAGACAAAAUAUAAUAAAUACUUGCUUAAUUCCUCACGUUUCUCCUUGAUGAAUCCAUGAGCAGUCAGCUGACUGUGGUAAGGGGGAGUGUUAAUGUAAUGUUUCUGCUCUCUCCCCCCUUUUUUAAAAAAUGUAUUUAUUUAUUUUAAUUUUGUGUGUGCAAGAAGCUUUCUUGGUCAGUCCAAAUGAAAUUACUCCCAUUACCCAAUGGAUACAACUACCCUACCUGUAUCCUCUGAUUUCAUAUUGCACUUUGUACUUCCCGAUAGUUAUAUGGUUAUAUACACAUUAACACAGGGAUACGCUUUGCAAGUUUAGAAUAUAUUAGGGACCACCUAUUGUAGGCCGUCAAAAAUUCCUAUAACUGUCCAGAAAUCUCUGUCUGCCUCAAAGUUCUCAGUGUUAACAAAAUAACUUUCACCAUCCCCACCCUCUGUGUUUGAUGGCAGGUCCUUGCAUUGCCUAUACCUUAACACAAUUUGUUUCUUCUUUUAGGGUAUCGGAAACACCUUUCAAGGAGGAGCUAAUUGUAUCAUGUUCGUAUUGUGCACUCGGGCAAUUAGGUCGCGCCUUUUGACAUCACUGACCUGCUGGUGUUGCAAGCCCAGUUGGAGUAGCAGUAGUGAAUACAGACAAAUCGAUGUGUCUGUGGAGCCGGAAUUCAACUAUGGUUCCACGGAAGAUGCAGGAGAGGGGGUAAAGUGGCCGACCCAUCUGCCAAGGACAUGACCUUGCUCCUGGUGUACAUGUGUCAUGUGAAAACUUCCUUAGGUUGUGCUGGUGCCAGCUUUCAUGACUUAAUUAUACAAAGAAGGGCUUUUAAGACAUGAACCUGAUCAGUGAAAUUAACCCUCUUUUUUUAAGGAGCCUGUAAAAGAACUGUAGCAGAAAUUUGAUUAUUAUUAUUAUUAUUUUGACUUGGAAACCAUAAGAGAGCUACACACUGCUUGGGACUCUGCUCUCCAUCCAAAAGUGUGUGCGAAUUUUUUAAUUGUUUUUGUGUGUAAUAUGUUUUGGAGUUUUUUUUGUUUGUUCAAGGACUCUAUGAAAAUAUAGUAUGGACUCUUCUGGUGGUUAUUUGGGAACCAUAUUGCUCGUUUACAAUAUUUACCAUCUUUAUUACCACUGGUAGAGAAGAAAUGUAGCAAAUGAACCUGCGCUCUGCACUUAAAGUUUUCCAUAUGUGACCUUGGUUACAUCGAGAUUUCUCCACUUGUAUACAGCUGACAGACUAACCAAUACAAACAAAGAAGAUUGUAGACUUGGAAGUCUACAAGUUUCCGAAUUCUGGUUUGUGCUGUAAGCUUUGAAAGUCAUUCUCAGGACCUACCAGCAGUUUGUGUUUUCAAAAUCUCCUCCAUUAAAUAAUGUGGGUUCAACACUUUGUCAUCCCAAUUGCUGCUGUUCUUCGUAAGGAUCUGCGUUGACAAUCUAUGCCAUUGAACACAUAAUGAAGUGUUAGCUGUGAUAACAGCAUACACUGAAACAGUACUGUGCCCCAAGGUUUACAAAGCAAAGACGUGUAACUAUAAAUGUUACAAAUAGGUCAUGACGGUGGAAAUAUUGGAAAUUUCUAAUUUUUUCCUACUUAAAUAAACCUUUUUUUUUAAUUUUUGUUUUUCUUGCUGCAAGCUGUUUCUCUUGUAGAUGGGAUCUUCCUUUGUUAAUGGCAGCUGGAGGUCUGUUUAUCCCUAAAUCGCAUUUGCACGAACAGUUCAUGACUUUUUAGUUUUGGAAUAGAGAACACUCCAAUCAGUUUGCAAACUGAUGACAUUGUUUAUAUAAUAUAUAUUCUAUUCCUUUUUGUUACUUACGAUUUCCGUUCGGAGUACAGGAUUUAAUCCAUUCUCUGUAGUCAUAAUAAAGGGAGGGACCCUGUAGUCACUAUAACUAUUUCCUCUCAAUGAAUUGGUUAUAGUACCUGGAGUCCCCUGGCCCUGUCUGUCCAUUUAAUGUUAAAUCAUUCGAGCAGCUCAACACUAAAUAAUGGUCCAAUGGCCACCGAUUACUCUAGGUGUGGCGAAGACAGAGAUACCUUGUAGCCAGACACAUUCAUACCAGAAACAGGCACUUUGAUAGGCUAAAAGCAGUCAGCAGACACGUUCAACCAAGCACAGCUGCCCAUUGCUAGUCAGGCUAAUACUGCCUCAUUAGCCCGAACAGCACAGAGGGGAUGGGUUGCUGGGGACUUUCUUUUAGCAUUGAAACUUAAAAACAUUAAAAACUGUCUGAUGCUAAAUGACAUUAUGGAACCAGGAAACUCCACACACUAUAACCACUUCAAUGAGAUAAAGUAGACAGAGUUCCUACAGUGUCUCUUUAAGUCUUGAAUUAGAUAUUAUAAACCGUCAUAUUUAAAAACAGCAUUAAAAGAGGCUGAACCAAUGGUCUUAACGUCAAGUUGAUUGUUGGGUGACUGCCGAGGAAUUAAGCAUUUAUCAUGUGAAAAAAUAAUUAUUUACAAAUGUGGGAUACAGUUAACUUGUUCCCAGUUUUCAUCUUUUUGUGAGAACAGAAUUAUACAAUUGAAAAAUACUAAACUCCACCUUUUGUAAGAGACCUAUGUAUUCGCAUGGCAUUUAUAAAGAUGUCAUUUACGUAUUGUGACUCUGUCCUUGUACUGGGUGACAAUAACUCCUAAUGUCUUUUUAAACGUGGAGGAGUAAUAAAGUGCCUCUUAUUUUGUAAAUAUUCUUUUUUGUCUGUGGACUGACCAAAAAAUAUUAUUAAAAUAUGUUUUUUUUAUACCUAUCAUGUUUUGUCUUUUAAUAUGGAUCCGUGGGAAAUAAUGAAGUUUUCUAUAUUAAUAUAAUUUACCAAUACACCUGCUGUUGGUUAUGAUCUUAUACAAAUUAUAUAAACUUUCCGAAUUUUACUUUAUUUCGCAAUUACUUCGAGUAAUGAAAGGUUUGAUCAUGCACAUAUCUGACAACGCCUUUAACCAGAAUAGAUUUAAUUGGGUUUGGCAGCUUACAAUGAGAAUAGACUUGGGAGGGUUACAGAAAUAUUCCAACCCACUAAAUUCUAAAACACACUAAAGCCUCGUGCAGGCACAUCGGAUUCUUUUCUUCACUGGAUGCUAAUUUCUCAGCAACCAAAUUAAAGGAUCACUAU